AUGCCUAAACGUCUCAUUUUAGGCUUUGUUGUGGAGAAUGCGGCUUUCAACGGAGAUAAAACUAAAAAUCCCUUUCAUUUCCAAAACUUUGGGAUCAAGAAAUUAGAUGUCAGUAUCAACGGAGAGACCAUGAGUACUCGUUGUUUUGAACCUCAUUUCAACGAGGAUUUAUAUCUGAGAUCCUAUCUCAGUCUGUAUCAAGCUCUGGGAAAAUUAGGAGAAGAUUGGGCUCCGGACAUCACCCUAGAAGAGUAUAAAAGCGGCUACACUCUAUGGGGCUGGGAUUUCACUAAAGAUCAAGAAGCGCAAUCGGAUAAAUUCCACAUCAUAGAAACAGGAAAUCUGAGAGUAGAAGUGCAGUUUACCAACAAUACGGUUAACACCAUCAAUUGUGUGGUGUAUGCAGAAUUCGAUAACUUAUUAGAAAUUAACAAACAGAGAGAAGUGAGCAUUGAUUACUAA